GUUAAUGAGAGCUGCACUUAAACAAUUAUACAGACAUCACUUGAAGUUAUUAACGUUACCAAAAUAUGUGAAAACAUUCAAGUAGAAGGUAUGCAAAUUAGCAGCAUUUAACUACAACAAAUAUAUUAGCAUAUUUUAGUAUCAGUUUUAUAAUAGGGAAAGAAAACAAAGCUUCUAUCACACACACAGAGAGAGAGAGAGAGAGACAGAGAGAGAGAGAGAGAGAGAGAGAAACCUGAGAAACCUGAUUGUCCUCAGAAGCAGGAAGACAAGAACAUUAUAUAAAUACACCAGGCAGACAUGCCAACAAUUAGAAUUUUUAAAAAGUAAGGGUGGAAUGAACUUUUGUUUACUCAAAAUGCCAUGAUGCUAGUUAUUAGACUGAGAAAGUCAUAAGCCUUGAGCGACCAGCCAGAUGGAGCUCAAGGCCGUGAGCAGAUUCACCAGCCCAGUGAAUCUGCUGUCUACUCCCCAUCUGACCGGGGUGCUGCUGGCCACUGGCACGUUCUUCACCUCCACCAAGUUCACUGGGGACAUCUACAAAGAGCUCCUCAUCUCCUUGGUGGCCUCGCUCUUCAUGGGCUUUGGGGUCCCCUUCUUGCUGCUCUGGGUUGGCAUCUACAUAUGAGAUCCUAAGGACACCGAAUCCCUGCUUUUGUAAAUUAAUUUUUUUUUAGCUAUUUCUGCAAGUGUCCCACCUGCUGCUGACAAUAAAGGCAGAUGUGUGACCCACCCCCCAAAAAAAAAGUCAUAAACCUCAACAAAGACAGGAAAAGCUAGAAAAACUUAGUGGUCUCAAAGGUACAAAAACAUCCCAUUAAUGCUACCUUUGUGAAAGGAAAGAAAGUGGUCCGGCAAAGGGACAAAUAGGCAGAUAUGUGGAAGCUGUGGUAAGCUUGCCCUGCUGCACAGACCAAAGAGCCAGUCAUUUUUGAGUAAUGUGGGAGGGGGUGGGAAAUAUUCUUAACAGCAGCAGCUUUCUAAAACCUGCACCCAGCAUGAGAUUCCAGGGCACCUCCAGGAAUGGUUUAGAGCCAGGAAAAGGAAGGAAGCUUCCAACGGUCUGUGACAAAACUCAAGUACUUUGAAAACAAUUCUGAAGAUAUAAAAAUGAAAAUUGACUGCAUUAAACAAUAACUUAGGCUCACAUUAAAAGGUUCAG